ACGUGCUAUCUCCAAGAAAUAGAGUUUAAAAUAGACAAGAAUUAUUUAAACUCGAGAUAGUAAAAACGGUUUAGAAUGUAUUUCCUGACGAUUAGAGCUUGAUUUUCAAUGUAAAUAAUAAGAUAGUUAAAAUCGUUCGAGUUUCAACUGAAGCGCGUUAUGUUUAAGUCGGUCUCCGUUUGGAGGUUAUAUGUAAAUAGUGAUGUGGAUAACUUUAUAAAAGAAGUUUGAAUCGAGUUCUCUUUUGUUAUUUAUAAAUAAGUGCCGUGAUAUUAUUGAAAAUGGUGUACACAAUAGGAAAACAUUCAAGCAGUGUGGAAAUAAAUAAGGAUGUUGGCAAAGGAUGUGUUUGGAAAGAGUUACUGUUUGCUUUUAUAGCCAGCGUCCCAUUCUUCACCCAAGGCAUCGAGACAGACGCGCUAACCUCAUCCGCACAUGCUGGCAACAUCGGGUCAGCGGCGCCUGGGCCCCAGGUCCCUGGCACCCAGGUGCCACUGGGCACCACGCUCCACGUGCUGGCGGCGGCGGCGGCGGCGCCCGUGCUCUGUUGCGUGAUCGAGCGGUUUGGACGGAAAGUCGGGAUAUUUAUAGUCAGUUUGGUGCAAGGGAUAUCCUGCAUACCACUUCUUCUAGACGUCAGCGAAAUCAACGUCAUAGCGUUACACAUACUAGCUGGCAUAUCAUCGGGUGGCUUGUACACAAUAUUCCCAAUAUACAUCCGAGAGAUCAGCUCAAUACAGAAUAGAGCGCUUGCCCUUUCCUUAUUUAUACCAAUGACAGGUGUAGGGUAUUUGAUGAGACUGGUCACAGAUUUGGACACGCUGAUGUUUCUAGUGGUAGCGCUUGUGGUGGUUCAAAUGGUCGCGAUGUUCUGUUUGGUGGAAUCUCCGAGCUAUUUGGUGAUGAAAGGGAGUCAUGAGCGAGCAAAACUAAUAAUAUCGAAACUAAAGUGCCUACCUCCCGAGCAUGAAGCGGUGCUACAAGAAUUCAAUGGCUUAAAGGACGAAAGCGAUCGAGCUAAAGCUUCGGGGAAAUUGCAUACAAUAACAAUAUUCAAAAACCCAAUCUGGCGGGACGCCACCAAAAUCGGUCUGGUCCUCCACGGCGUCAUGAUGCUGAGUGGCAGCAUCAUUUUUCUGGAUCAGCAGAAGACGCUGGUUCAGCUCGACUCCCCAAUGGAUCCUGACAGAGUGCUGACGCUGGCUUGCUUCUGCGCUGGCAGCUUGAUAUGUGCAGCUGUUAUUAGAUUUAUGGAAAGAAGUUACCUCCUAACCUGCGGAUUCUUCGUGAUAGCUGUGUCCAUGGGUAUACUAGCGGUAUACACACAGGCGGACCUGACGGUCUACACACUACGCUGGGUACCUGUAGCUGCGCUGGGGGUACUCAUAGGAGCGUAUGGUGUGGUAUGGGGUCUGCCUGUAGUGGUGAUUACGGAGCUGUUUAACUGUGAGAUUCGAUCGCACCAGCUAGCCCUCCUCUACGUUUACUCUCAACUCAUAAAGCUGGUGCACCUGUACACCUUCCCACACAUCGAGGAAUACAUCGGAGUUUACACCGUGUUCUAUAUGUUCGUCGGUAUAAACCUGUUUGGGGCGGUGUACUGCCUGUUCCAUAUACCGCAACUUAAGAAUAAGACGACGAGACAGAUUGAACGGCAGUUGAAGAGAGUUCCGCUUUUGAAGAUGUAAAAUUGUAAACUAGUCGAAGUGACAAUCGUUGACGCUACGUGGCGUUCGAAACGCAGUCUGGCUCUGUCGCGCUACAGAAGAGCGAUAGGGACAGCUAGCUACGAUACGCUUACGAAGUGUAAACGAUUGUCACGUUUGAUAAGUAUCAGUUCAGGGGGGUUACCAUGAAGUGCUAAAGCCAUUCACUUUAGGUUGAGAGAAAGGGACGAAGCUACAGCAGUUCCAUAGCUCCGUCCCUCUCUCUCAACCUAAACUGAACGGCUUUAGCACUUCAUGGUAACCCCCAGGGGAUAAAAGAGAAUCAGAAUAUUUGUACAGCAAAUCUAAGCCUCUGACAUGAGUUUGAUGUUUUAAAAUACGAUACUGGAUAUCGGAGACCUCACAGGAAAUAUAUGUAACUUUUGGCACUAAAGUAACAGCGAGGUGGAGAGGUGAGUCUGAGGUGGUCUAUGUUAUCUGGAAGAGAUCGCUCUUCAGCGAUAAGACCGCUUCUUGUUUUAACUCUUCUAAGUUGUUGUUUAUACUUACUACGAGUAGGUUAUAUUGUUUCCUGUAUUGAGAUGUUGUAUGUCAUUUUCCGUGACGUUGAAGAUGUAAAAUAACGUAAUAAACACUUAUUAGAGCCAUUUUUGGUUACAUUUGUAUUGAAACUGCGUUAAAAGUUACAUUACUACUAAUUUUUUUGAUAAGAUAGGUUGACAUAUUUAAAGUCACAUACAGGUCGAACGCGAUUAAUUAACAUUAUUUUACCUUUUUUCCCAACAUUUCGGCCAGGUUGCACUGGCCGUGGUCGCGGAAG